AUUCAAGUCAGGAUAUAUCGAGAAAAGGAAACCUGUCGAAGAAAACUGUCGAGAAGACAGUCAGGGUCAUUCUUGGGAAUCUUUCAUUGCAUUGGUAAAUGUUCUCGUGGACUGGCGUGGCGACGAACGAAAGCAGCUAGGUUUUGAGGAGCUGUUCCUUUCCUUGUGGAGGUUUCCAAGAAAGGCACAGGAGCAAAUCUUGAAUAGGCGAUAGCAGAAGCCUUUCUCCUUUGUCACGUUUUGGAGUAUUACUGGAUCGUGUUUAGCAAACAUUUGUUGGUAGAUCUUUGGGCUUUGUCUGUACGAGUACUGCUGCCAAUAUUGAAAGCGAGAGGGAGAGGGAUCAUGGGCACGAACGUCGCUGCUUAUGCAGCACUAGUGCUGUUUGCGCUAUUGAGCGCGUGCUCGGGUGGAGAAGCAGAGGACGCGAUGGAUAAAUAUGAGCCAACCGCCUCGGACGACGUUGCCACUGUCUCACCAGAGCAGAAAGCAGCAUUGCCCAAUGCCGGGUUUAUCCACGGCUUCGUCGCGUCGCUGUCGGUGAUCAUUGUGUCGGAGCUGGGAGAUAAGACGUUCUUCAUCGCAGCCAUCAUGGCCAUGCGCCAUGCUCGCUUCACAGUAUUGACUGGCGCAGUUUCAGCUCUGGGAUUGAUGACCGUCAUGUCCACGACACUGGGCUAUGCUACAACUAUUAUUCCCCGUGCGUACACGUAUUAUGGAUCAUCUCUGUUAUUUGCCCUGUUUGGACUGAAGAUGCUCAAAGAGGGAUACUACAUGGCAGCAGAUGAAGGACAGGAGGAGCUCGAGGAGGUCAGCGAAGAGUUGAAAAAGAAGGAGACCGAACUGUCGUCACGGCCAGACGUCGAAGGUGGAGGUGGAACGGUGGAGCCGUCAUCUCUGAAGUGGGCACGGAUGCUAAAAGUCGUUUCGCCAGUUUGGAUUCAGGCUUUCACGCUGACUUUUCUAGCCGAGUGGGGCGACCGCUCGCAGUUGGCGACAAUCAUUCUAGCUGCCCGUGAGGACCCGAUAGGAGUGACAACCGGAGGAACACUUGGCCAUCUCUUCUGCACCGGCUUGGCUGUGGUGGGUGGUCGGCUUGUCGCUCAGAAGAUCUCCGUACGGACUGUAACCUUAAUCGGAGCCGUGGUCUUCCUGCUAUUUGCUGCAUCCGCCUUGCUCAUUGGACCGGGUUAAUGUGCAGCACACAGUCUAGUCAAGUAUGAGUGAAUGAACUUGCAGCACAGAUAUUUUCUAGGUAGAACCGUGAUGGUGAGUGGGAGACUGCAAGAUAUGUGAUCUAGACGCACACGCCUGGUGAUCUGGUUGAGCUUAUAGGCCUGGUGAUGUGAAGCGAUACCAGUGCUGGCCAUCUUGCCUUGUAUAUACAUCGGAUGUGCUAUUAUUCUAAAAAGGCUGUACUGUAGUAGUUGCUAGCGUGGUUAUAUUGCAUGUACUCAGUACUAGGCUAGUAUGCCUUGACUGCAGGACCUCACAGUACCCUCACAGUACUGCUAUUGCUCUAUUUGGCAAAUUUGCGAAAUCGCACGCCUGGAGUGUGUUGAUUCCCAUACGAAGCUGUCGGCUUUCAGGCCUACGGGCGCUGGUAGUCCUCUCUCCACGCACCUCCGUUUACGCAGGGCUUCCUGGUGAUCGCUGACGAUUUUCUGUGACUGGGAUGAAUAGGACAGGAUUAUGGACUUGCACACGUGUGUACAGCAAGCGAGUUUUUCUUCUUUCCAUUUCUUAUAUAUUUAAAAAAUUUAUUGCUUAAAAAAAGGUGAUUUUACCCCAUUGAGAACACAGAACAUUAUAAUUGUUUUGCCAUUGAA